AUGUUGCCAUCUUUAGGCCCCAUGCUGCUCUGGACGGCUGUGCUGCUCUUUGUUCCCUGUGUUGGGAAAACUGCCUGGCUGAACCUCCAAGCCUGGCCAAACCCUGUGUUUGAAGGAGAUGCCCUGACUCUGCGAUGUCAGGGACGGAAGAAUACAUCACUGUCUCAGGUGAGGUUCUACAGAGAUGGAAAAUUCCUUCAUUUAUCUAAGGAAAACCAGACUCUGUCCAUGGGAGCAGCAACAGUACAGAGCCGUGGCCAGUACAGCUGCUCUGGGCAGGUGAUGUAUAUUCCACAGACACCCACACAAACUUCAGAGACAGUCAUGGUUCAAGUCCAAGAGCUGUUCCCAUCUCCUGUGCUGAGUGCCAUCCCCUCUCCUGAGCCCCGAGUGGGUAGCCUGGUGAUCCUGAGAUGUCAGACAAAGCUACACCCCCUGAGGUCAGCCUCGAGGCUCCUUUUCUCCUUCCACAAGGAUGGCCACACCUUGCAGGACAGGGGCCCUCACUCAGAACUCUGCAUCCCAGGAGUCAAGGAGGGAGACUCUGGGCUUUACUGGUGUGAGGCGGCCCCCGAGGGUGGCCAGGUCCGGAAGCAGAGCCCCCAGCUGGAGGUCAGAGUGCAGGCUCCUGUGUCCCCUCCUGUGCUCACUCUGCACCAUGGGCCCGCUGACCCUGCUGUGGGGGACAUGGUGCAGCUCCUCUGUGAGACACAGAGGGGCUCCCCUCCGAUCCUGUAUUCCUUCUACCUUGAUGAGAAGAUUGUGGGGAACCACUCAGCUCCCUAUGGUGGAACCGCCUCCCUCCUCUUCCCAGUGAAGUCAGAGCAGGAUGCUGGGAACUACUCCUGCGAGGCUGAGAACAGUGUCUCCAGAGAGAGGAGUGAGCCCAAGAAGCUGUCUCUGAAUGGUUCUCAAGUCUUGUCCACUCCCACCAGCAGCAACUGGCUGGUUCCUUGGCUGCCUGCGAGCCUGCUUGGCCUGAUGGUCAUUGCUGCUACACUUCUGGUUUAUUUGAGACCCUGGAGAAAAGCUGGGCCCCUUCCAUCCCAGAUACCACCCACAUCUCCAGGUGGAGAGCAGUGCCCACUAUAUGCCAAUGCCAGGCCUGCUGAGUUCACCGCGGGGAGAAAGGACAGUUCUAUCAUCUAUGCAGAGGUGAGAUGCCUGCAGCCCAGUGAGGUUUCAUCCGAGGAGGUGAAUAUAAGAAGCAGGACUCCCCAAGAACCCCUUGGCGACUGUGAGGAGGUUCUGUGCUAGUGAUGGUGUUUUCCUACCAACACACACCCACCCGCAGUCUCCAGUG